AUGGCACACCGAGCCCCCCACCUAGCAUCCCAAACCGCCAUCUUCUCCCCGUCGGUCGCCCGCGCCGCCGCCUCCACCGCCAAAGACUGGGCCUACGUCGAUAGCUGGCUCAAAGCCAAGUACCAAACUUACACCCCGCCCCACGCCCCUCCCUCAUUUGAGCGCAACCCCGAGACUCUCAGAUGCCUGCUCGCCCUCGCAUCUCAUAACGAGGCCGCAGACGAGGAGCGCGACCAGCUGGCUCGUAUACAGGAAGCUGCCCUUGCGGAGGUGAAGACCAUCAAAGCCGAAAAGGAGCUCCGUCGUCGCGCCACGGAGGAAGAUGGGCAGGUGGAUGGGGAGCUGAUUGUGGACCGGGUCAUGGAGGCUCUCGGGGAUGGACUUCCCCGGGAGGGCAAGACCGCGUUGGAUGCUAUGGCCAACAUGGCUGUCGAGUUAGGCAUGGCAUACCCGACACCCGAAUCACUUGGAUCCAAGUUUGUGGGGCUGCAAGGUCGGGCCUUUGAGCUAGAGCAGACAAUUGAACGUGUCGCCAUGCUGCAGCGGUAUCUGGAUGCCGAGUCCGAGAUCAUGGAUAGAUUCGUCGACGACGUGCAGGGCGACGCCUACAGGGCCCCCGAAGACCUGGCCAAGCAGAAUCUCGAAUUGCAAAGGGAAAUCAAGACUAUGUCUGCCAAGAUCCCCGAGCUAAAGCAGCAGGUUGCCUCGCUCCAAAAGUCGGUCGGUAUGCCCAAACUAACGGUGGAAAAUGUCAAGAAGGACGAGAACGAGUAUUUAGAGUUGUUAGCCCGGAAGAAGCAUCUCGAUAACCAACUCAAGGCAUUCGCCGGGCUGCCACCCGACGUGGAUGCCGCCAGAGCAGUACUCGAGUCAUUGCGAACCCAACUGCGCAAGGCCACUGAACGGAGAGAUACAGUUUUUGAAGGGCUAGUGGAACGCGAGAGUCCUGUCAAGAAUAGAAGAAGAAGACCUUGA